GGGAGCUGUUGGAUGAAGAUUUCUUUUUAAAUAUUGGCCGUUGGAUGCUAUUCGAACGACCCCACAACCAACGGUUCUCCCAUUCAGAGUCUAUUUCUGCACCCUUCAUUUUGUGGGUCUGUGUAGAUCUGUGUGAGAGGAAAGGAAAGGCUUGUUUUAGUUGCAUUAACAGUAAGAUGGGCAUGGAGAAGUAUGAGAAGUUGGAGAAGGUGGGAGAGGGCACAUAUGGGAAAGUUUACAAGGCCAAAGAUAAGACCACAGGACAACUUGUUGCUCUCAAGAAGACUCGCCUUGAGAUGGAUGAAGAGGGAAUACCUCCCACUGCACUUCGUGAAGUCUCUCUGCUCCAGAUGCUCUCUACAAGUAUUUACAUUGUCAGGUUACUUUGUGUGGAACAUGUUGACAAGAAGGGCAAACCACUUUUAUACUUGGUCUUUGAAUACCUUGACACAGAUCUUAAGAAAUUCAUGGAUUGUGACCGACGUAGUGCCAAUCUUAAUCCUCUACCCCACAAAGUGAUGCAGAGUUUCAUGUAUCAGCUGUGCAAAGGAGUUGCUCAUUGCCACAGCCAUGGAGUGAUGCACAGAGAUUUGAAACCACAGAACCUAUUGGUGGACAAGAGCAAGGGUCUGCUCAAAGUUGGAGAUCUCGGACUUGGGAGAGCUUUUACUGUGCCUCUGAAGAGUUACACCCAUGAGAUUGUUACUCUGUGGUACAGGGCUCCAGAGGUGUUGCUUGGUUCAACUCACUAUUCCACACCUGUUGAUAUUUGGUCUGUGGGUUGUAUUUUUGCUGAAAUGGUGAGAAGGAGGCCACUUUUCCCUGGUGAUUCUGAACUACAACAGCUGCUUCAUAUCUUUAGGCUUCUUGGAACCCCAAAUGAGGACAUAUGGCCAGGAGUAAAUGUACUAAGGGAUUGGCAUGAAUAUCCACAAUGGAAGCCUCAGAACGUUGCUCGUGCAGUUCCUACUUUAUCUCCAAGUGGAAUAGAUCUGCUCACUAAAAUGCUGCACUAUGAUCCUGCAAGGAGGAUUUCAGCCAAGGCGGCCAUGAACCACCCCUACUUUGAUGAUCUAGACAAAUCUCAGUUUUGAGCAUUUGUUUGAGGUUUCUACUACAUAUGGAGUAUUCAAAUGGGUUUAAAAGCUCCCUGUUCAAACAUUAGUUGACUUACGAUUGUUAAUAGGGAAGCAACAGCAAUAGCUUGUCACCUAUCCUGAAGGUGGAGCAGGAAUGCUGAUUAGACAAUUUGGGUUGAGUCUCCUUGUUUGCAAAAGCAAACAGAUCAAUCAUUCCAACAGUGAAAGUUUGAUUCAUUCCUAACAUUUUAUUUGUUUGUUCAACUAUGAUGAUGGGCUUCCUUAGCUCAAUGUCGAAGGUAAUAAUUAUAGAUGGAAAAUAAUCUCAUUUGCUGACUUUAAAAUUUUGGAUGAUCAAAAA